AACAAAACAUAAUAUCGCAAACUAUUUGUCCGCUAUGGGAAAAUAUAACGAAGCUUCAGAAAUUUAUUAUUCUGUUGAUAAAAUACAAACUGAAAUUUUUGGUAUCAACCAUCCAAAUACAACGAGAACAAAAAAUAAUAUCGCAAGCUGUUUGUACGCUAUUGGAAAAUAUAACGAAGCUUUAGAAAUUUAUUAUUCUGUUGAUAAAAUACAAACUGAAAUUUUAGGUAUCAACUAUCCAGAUACAAUGUCAACAAAAAAUAAUAUUGCAAACUGUUUGUCCGCUAUGGGAAAAUAUAUCGAAGCUUUAGAAAUUUAUUAUUCUGUUGAUAAAAUACAAACUGAAACUUUAGGUAUCAACCAUCCAAGUACAAUAGGAACAAAAAAUAAUAUAGCAAGCUGUUUGUACGCUAUGGGAAAAUAUAUCGAAGCUUUAGAAAUUUAUUAUUCUGUUGAUAAAAUACAAACUGAAACUUUAGGUAUCAACCAUCCAAGUACAAUAGGAACAAAAAAUAAUAUAGCAAGCUGUUUGUACGCUAUGGGAAAAUAUAACGAAGCUUUAGAAAUUUAUUAUUCUGUUGAUAAAAUACAAACUGAAAUUUUAGGUAUCAACCAUCCAAAUACAAUAGGAACAAAAAAUAAUAUAGCAAACUGUCCUUCUCUAUCAAAAAAGAUUCCAAAUACGACGUAUUCUUUUAAUGAUUUUCUCGUACCUAUGGAUAAUUGCAUUUGUUCCGAUGAGUUAACCUCAGAAUUAUCUUUUGAAGAAAUUGAGGAAUAUAAAGUAGUUUUGAUUUCUGUGAAAAAAAAAACAAAGCAACAGGAGCAGAUGAAAUAA